AUGGCACGUUUAGAGGAAUACCAGGACCGCUUCCAAUACGCCAGGCUGGAGCGGGAGGACGGCAUCCUGCAAAUGACCCUGCACAGCGACGGCGACACCCUCCAGUGGGGAGCCGGUCCCCAUUCGGAACUUGUCGAGGUCUUCCACGCCGUCGGUACCGACCCUGAUACCAAGGUGAUAAUAAUGACCGGCGCCGGAAACGGGUUCACUGGCCCCGCCGGCUCCAGCGACACUGUCCCACGGCGCACACCAGCCCAGUGGGACGGAACUUACUGGGAGGGCAAGCACCUGCUGGGCAACCUGCUCAACAUCGAGGUGCCCGUGAUUGCCGCGGUAAAUGGCCCGGCCCUGCGCCAUUCCGAACUGCCCCUGCUAAGCGAUAUUGUGCUGGCCGCGCCCCAUACGACAUUCCAGGAUUCGGGCCACUUUAUGAGCGGACUGACCCCUGGAGACGGAAUGCACAUAAUCUAUCCCCUGCUGUUGGGCAUUAACCGUGGAAGAUACUUCCUGUUGACCGGACAACUGCUCGACGCCAACCGCGCCCAGGAACUGGGGCUGGUGGCCGAGGUGCUGCCCCAGGAUGAGUUGCUUCCCCGUGCCUGGGAACUGGCCCGACAGUUAGCGCAGCAGCCCCACCUGGUUCUGCGCUACUCGCGGGCGCUCCUAACCCACAAGUUAAAGCAGGAGCUGCACGACCUUUUGGGUUAUGGACUCGCCCUGGAGGGACUGGGAUCAGCGCAGGACUAUUUUGAUCGCGGACAAGGCAGGUAG